CCUGUCGGUACUGAGAUUGAAGGGAUGAAUAUACUGGGUCUGGUGCUGUUUGCUCUGGUUUUAGGAGUGGCGCUGAAAAAGCUUGGCCAGGAAGGGGAAGAUCUUAUUCGCUUCUUUAAUUCUUUCAAUGAAGCAACUAUGGUCUUGGUUACCUGGAUUAUGUGGUAUGUACCUAUUGGCAUUAUGUUCCUUGUUGGGAGCAAGAUUGUGGAAAUGGAAGAUAUUGUGCUUCUGGUGACCAGUCUGGGAAAAUACAUCUUCGCAUCUAUUCUGGGCCACUUUAUCCAUGGAGGAAUCAUUCUGCCACUUAUUUAUUUUGCAUCCACACGUCAAAAUCCGUAUCGUUUUCUCUUAGGACUUAUUACACCAUUUGCCACUGCUUUUGCCACUUGCUCCAGCUCAGCCACUCUCCCGUCAAUGAUCAAGUGUAUUGAGGGGAACAACGGAGUUGACAAGAGAAUCAGCAGGUUUAUCCUUCCUAUCGGGGCAACUGUAAACAUGGAUGGAGCUGCUAUUUUUCAAUGCAUGGCAGCUGUGUUUAUUGCUCAGCUGAAUAAUGUUGACCUCAAUGCUGGGCAAAUCUUCACCAUUCUAGUGACAGCUACUGCAUCCAGCGUGGGUGCAGCUGGUGUCCCAGCCGGAGGAGUCCUCACCAUCGCUAUCAUCUUGGAGGCCAUUGGACUUCCAACCAACGAUCUCUCCUUGAUAUUAGCAGUGGACUGGAUUGUGGACCGAACCACCACAGUUGUGAAUGUGGAAGGGGAUGCCCUAGGAGCUGGCAUCCUUAAUUACCUGAAUGAAAAAGAAAAGAGAGACAAAGAGCAGGAGCUCAAGGAAGUCCAUGUAGAAGCAGUUGCGAACAGCAAGUCUGAAGGGGAAACAUCGCCUUUGGUAACCCACAAAAACCAAGUCUCCAACGCAACCAGUACAGCAGACCCUGAAUCCAAGGAAUCAGUAUUGUGAACUAGAGGCCAUUCUUCAACACGUGUCCUAGGGGUGGACCAGGGACUUGUUAACGCGCCUGGGCAUUUGCAGUGCUAACAAGAGCUGCGUGACUCUUGAAAGCUUUCCGUUCCAGUCUGUUUUGAAAUAUGCUGGCCUGGGGAAGGGGAGGGAAGUGGGGUGGGCAGAGAAGGGGUGUUGAGAAAGAACACUCGCUUUAUAAUAGUAUUUUGAUAAUUCUUAUGUAUACAUGUAUAUGUGUUGCACAUGCACACACAUAUGUGAAAACAGUGCCAUUGAGACUUCUGGUUUAACAAGACUUGUGUUAGUAAAGGCUCAUACGGGUUGGAGAUGAGGAAGUAGACAAACCCAGUAUGGGCUUA